AAUGUAAAUACCAUCAAGAAAUUCAAAAAGAAGUUAAGCUCCUUUAUAUUUCUUUAGAUCAUACAAGCACAACUUAUUAAAAUUUUCCAGGUCCAACAAGUUAUGAACCUAAAAUAGAAGUUUCACAUGUUAAUGCACCAAAAUGGACUAUGAGUGGAACUUACUCUAGAGAAAUCCCCAUUAUUAAAAACCUUCCAGGUCCAGGUCAAUAUGAUCCUAGAUUACCAUCAUCAUAGAGAAAAACUUUGAUUUAUGGGAAAGCAUAUUAAAUAGACAAAGAAUCAUAAUAAAAACCAGGUCCAGGAGCAUAUAAAGUUGAUAUUUCAUAGCUCUCUCGAAUAGGGUUCAAAAUAGGUAGUGAGAAAAGGUAUAAAGAUGAAAAGAAAUUAUCACCAGGGCCAGGAGAUUAUUAGAUAAACAUCAAAAAACAUGUCCAAUCAUAUAUAAUUGGAUAAUAAACAAGAUCAGGAAAAAUCUAUAGUAAUCAUAUAGGCCCUGGAUAAUAUGAAAUUCCUUCUUUAUUAAAAACUGAUGGAGGAUUUAAAAUGGUUCCUCGUAGAGAUAAAACAUUAUCAAUGAUUACUCCUGGUCCUGAUGCAUAUGAACAAUUAAAAUAAGAAAGAGUAAAAUCAUUUAAAAUUGGAACAAGUAAAAGAGAAGGCAUUUUUUAGAAAUCUAAUUCUCCAGGUCCUGGAGAUUAUGAAAUCUAAGCAAUUAAAGAGAGUGUUUCUUAUUCUAUAGGUAAAGGAUAACGAUAAGAUACUAAACGUAAUGUUCUUCCAGGACCAGGAAGUUAUUAGCCAAAUAAACCAAGCAACGCUCCCAAAUAUUCAAUCUAUUAGAGAUAUAGAUAAAAGACCGAUUAUUCAGGUCCAGGACCAUAAUCUUAUACAAUUGGAGAUUUUCGAGAAACUAAAAGCGUAAUAUUUGGUUAGGCUAGAAGAAAUAGUUACAAUAAGAUAUAGAUACCUGUAUGAUAUUUAUCUUAUUUUAGGGACCAGGGGAGUAUGAAAUAGAAAUAAAAUCAAAGAAACCUUAAGUGAGUAUUGUAUUUGGAAGAGAGAAAAGAUCUCAGAGUUGCUCUGAAAAUACAAAAUUACCUGGACCAGGUGCAUAUGAUAUAACAUCAUCUUUUUUUAUGAAGAAGAAAUGA